CCGAGGGUGAACAUGAUUUUUGGACCUCAGGGCUGUUUACUGGCCGUUUAAACUAAUCAACUAGAGAACAAAAGAGGGUGAAGCCUCAGUCUGAGCAGCUGUUUAUUGAUUGAACGAUUUUACUUCGUCUCGCCGUAGGCAAGUCGGAGAGAAGAUGAGUCUGCUUCUCAACAUGUUGAUAUCGGAAUGAGACUAACCCCCCUCUUGUUCAUAAUUCCGGAUAGGCUCUGGCUCAAUGAGUAAUAGCAUUUACCUUUUGGAAGUCAAGGGUAUGAGUGAUAUCGAUGAGUUCUUCAUAAAGCACAUAGCAGCAUCUAGAUACAUGCAGAAUCACAGGUUGAUCAACGAAAUCUUCAGUGAUGCUGUGGUGCCUGACGUAAAAUCGGUUGCCACAACAGCGCGAAUGAGUGUUCUUAAACGUCAAGUGCAGUCCCUCACUAUGCACCAGGUACAUUUAAGGUUUGAUUACUGCAGAACUUUCUUUCACGAAAAAUUGGAAGCAGAACUGCAGCAGAUUGAGGAGAAAUUCAAAGCCGAAAAGUGAAAGUUCCUUGAUGCCAGCAAGCUAUUUCAGGCAGACUUGAAGAAGCGUUGUUGAAAGGCUGUCGAUGUGGAGACGUACCUGAAGAUGGUGGAGCGUGCUCUGGAGCAGCUGAAGAAGGACAAUGCAGCCAAGGAGGAGCAGCGUGGCAAUGGCGACAGCAAACCUAAGGAAAGAGAAGAGGAAACCAAUGGUGGCGUAACAGGCUCGCCUGAAGACAAUGGAGGUGUCUCCAAGGAGCGUAACAGCCUGCCCGAACCCAUGGACAGGUCGUCGUUUCCCCCCUGUGCCCCCACGGGAGGGCAGCACCAAACAGAAGCUUCGGCUGUGUCCAAGGAAGAAGAGGACAACGAUGAUGAAGAAAGAGGCAGUGGUCCUCCUCCGGCCACCAGCCAAGAAUCUCUCACAGAGGACACUCAGCAACAAGCGAGUAGAGGGUCAACCACAGCACCCACUCAGCAGCAGCAACAGCAGCCUCCUUCAACAUCAUGGAAAGUGAGGACACUGCAGAAAGCCGAGACUCUCAGGAAAGAAGUGAUGGGACUUUUUCGGACCAAGAAAGCAAGGACACAUCAAGUCAUGCUCCUGAAGUUUGCACCAGGCCAAGCGAAAUUCCCAGGACAGCCAUCGAAUCACUCAGUCAGGCGACACAAGAAAUGAGUGGACCUCAGUAGACGUGAUGUUUAUUAUGCCACCAGCAACUUUUUUUAUUCAAGUGUUUAUAAGCUAUUUUUGCCACACUGCACUUUGGUGCUAGAUGUUUUAUAUAUUUUUGAAAGCCUUUUUGUACAACACAUGAGCAGCUUCUAGAUUCAUUUGGGCGAGGCGUCACGAUUAAUGUACAGUAUGACAUGAUGCAGCCACUGUGCAGGCAUUUUUAUAUAUCGUGUUAACAGCAAAAACAUGCUUUUUAUCACUUUUAAUUUUUGCCCUCCCCGCCUUAUGUAGUGAGCUGUUCCUAAAGUAGGUAGCAAGAAUGUGCAUUUUCUUAAGACUGUUCCAGGAAUGUGUACCAGAUAAACGAGCACAGCAUGUUGUAAAUAUCAUUGUAGUCGCUCGUGACAGUUGCAUAUUCAAUUAAAAACUUCCUGUGGUAACCCA